AGCCCCGCUCCUUUAGGUCCAACGCCGCUGAGCCCAGCGCGGUCGCUGCCCCAGCCCGGUCCCGCUCGUUGUCGCCUGCGCCGGCGUCCUGGGCACGAGUCCCCGGGUCGCUGCAAUCGCCCGGUCUCCCCGGAGCGCCGCCCGCCCGCCGCUCCCCGGCUCUCCCGGGGGCCGCCUGUCCUGCACCCUGGAGCGCCGCGCCGCGAGCCUCUGCGGGCUGCUCGGGAUCCUAGCGGCCGUGGGCAGCGGCUGCGGCGCCUGCCUGCCCGAGGGAGGACUCUCGCUGCUGUAUUUGCCCAGUAACUCUGGCUGCACCGCAGACUCUUCGGGUGACUUGGGCGCCCCUGGGACAUGGCAGACGAAGACCUCAUCUUCCGCCUGGAAGGCGUCGACGGUGGCCGGGCCUCCCGGGCUGGCCAUGAUGCUGAUUCUGAUGCAGAUAGUGAUGAUGAGGAGGGUUACUUCAUCUGCCCAAUCACUGAGGACCCCAGGUCCAACCAGAAUGCCAACUGCAAGGUUAAUAACUACUACAGCAGCCUAACGAAAAGUGAGCAGUACAGCUCCUGCGGGUCCCCGGCCAGCUCCUUCCACUUCAAGGAAGCCUGGAAGCACGCAAUUGAGAAGGCUAAGCACAUGCCUGACCCCUGGGCUGAGUUCCACCUUGAGGACAUUGCCACAGAACGAGCUUCUAGGCACAGGUACAAUGCUGUCACUGGGGAGUGGCUAGAAGAUGAAGUUCUAAUCAAGAUGGCAUCUCAGCCCUUUGGCCGUGGAGCGAUGAGGGAGUGCUUUAGAACGAAGAAACUUUCCAACUUUCUGCAUGCCCAGCAGUGGAAGGGGGCCUCCAACUACGUGGCCAAGCGCUACAUCGAGCCAGUGGACAGAGAUGUGUACUUUGAAGAUGUACGUCUCCAGAUGGAGGCCAAGCUUUGGGGGGAGGAGUAUAAUCGGCACAAGCCCCCCAAGCAGGUGGACAUCAUGCAGAUGUGCAUCAUCGAGAUGAAGGAAAGACCAGACCAACCUCUUUUCCACCUGGAGCACUACAUUGAGGGCAAAUACAUCAAGUACAACUCUAACUCCGGCUUUGUCCGUGAUGACAACAUCCGCCUGACGCCGCAGGCCUUCAGCCACUUCACAUUUGAGCGUUCUGGCCAUCAGCUGAUUGUAGUGGACAUCCAAGGUGUGGGCGACCUCUACACUGACCCCCAGAUCCACACUGAGACAGGCACUGAUUUUGGAGAUGGCAACCUCGGUGUCCGGGGGAUGGCUCUCUUCUUCUACUCUCAUGCCUGCAACCGGAUUUGCAAUAGCAUGGGCCUUGCUCCUUUUGACCUCUCACCACGGGAGCAGAAUGCAGUAAAUCAGAGCACCAAGCUGCUGCAAUCAGCCAAGACCAUCUUGAGGGGAACAGAAGAAAAGUGUGGGAGCCCCCGAAUAAGGACCCUCUCUGGCAGCCGACCCCCACUGCUCUUUCGCCUCUCAGAGAACUCUGGAGAUGAGAACAUGAGUGAUGUGACCUUCGACUCUCUCCCUUCCUCCCCGUCUUCUGCCACACCACUCAGCCAGAAACUGGACCACCUCCAUUGGCCAGUGUUUGGUGACUUCGAUAACAUGGUACCCAGAGACCAUGACCGACUAGACAACCACCGGGACUCUGAGAACAGUGGGGACAGCGGAUACCCCAGUGAGAAGCGGGGUGAACUGGAUGACCCAGAUCCCCGAGAACAUGGCCACUCAAACGGCAACCAGAGGCUUGAGUCUGACGAAGACAGCCUGGGCAGCUCUGGACGGGUCUGUGUGGACACGUGGAACCUCCUCAACCCUUCCCGCCUCCACCUACCGAGGCCUUCUGCUGUGGCCCUGGAAGUGCAAAGGCUUAAUGCUCUGGACCUUGACAAGAAAAUCGGGAAGUCUAUUUUGGGGAAGGUCCAUCUGGCCAUGGUGCGCUACCAUGAGGGCGGGCGCUUCUGCGAGAAGGAUGAGGAGUGGGACCGCGAGUCGGCAGUCUUCCAUCUGGAGCAUGCAGCUGACCUGGGCGAGCUGGAGGCCAUUGUGGGCCUGGGACUCAUGUACUCACAGCUGCCCCACCACAUCCUGGCUGAUGUUUCUCUGAAGGAGACUGAAGAGAAUAAAACAAAAGGGUUCGAUUACUUACUGAAAGCGGCUGAAGCUGGCGACAGACAGUCCAUGAUCCUGGUGGCACGAGCUUUUGACACUGGCCAGAACCUCAGCCCAGACAGGUGCCAAGACUGGCCUGAGGCCCUGCACUGGUAUAGCACUGCCCUGGAGACAACUGACUGCGAUGAGGGCGGGGAGUACGACGGGAUGCAGGAUGAGCCCCGGUAUGCGCUGCUGGCCAGGGAGGCCGAGAUGCUGUGCACAGGUGGCUGCGGGCUGAAGAAGGACCCGCAAAAAUCAGGAGACUUGUACACCCAGGCAGCUGAGGCGGCGAUGGAAGCCAUGAAGGGCCGACUAGCCAACCAGUACUAUGAGAAGGCAGAAGAGGCCUGGGCCCAGAUGGAGGAAUAACUUGCCAGGAAAAUCUGCCACCUAGUCCUAAGCAAAAGGACUUG